UCCAAAACUAGAGCUCUGGAACAAAGGGAGUAUCUAUCUGACUCUAGAAUCAUCCAUCUGCGUCUCUCAUUCCAAGCAAACAACAGCAUGCUCGCUCUUCUUUUUACGGGAGAGUCUCUUCACAAUUGUCCUUGCUAAUUGCUGCUACUGUACUGUUUCGAAGCUCCAGAUUCGAGCAUCACGAAGAAGUCUUGGGGAGCAAGAUGCUUCAGAAAAUAGCAAAGCGAUUGGAAUAUCACGCCCACGUUUUGUGGAUCAGCAUGUUAGACAGCAGAGAGCCCUGCAGCAGCUUGGUAUGAUGCAACCACAUGCCUGGAGGCCUCAGAGGGGUUUACCUGAAACCUUUGUUUCAGUUUUGCGUUCUUGGCUCUCUGAGUACUUUCUUCAUUCCGGAGUAAGUGGAUCUGGAAAGACGAAAACAGCAAAAUUCGCGAUUGGAUAUUUGGUUAUGAUUAGUGGAGGCAACAAUAAGGAAAGGUUGACUGAAAUUUAUUUUAGUGCAGAGGGAGGAAUUGCAGUGCUAACGAACAAACAUUCAAGAGUGGUUCAGCUGGCUCGUGGAGAGAGGUCUUGCCAUAUCUUUUACCAGCUAUGUCCUGGGGCUCCUUCUGCUUUGAGAGAUAAACUUAAACUGAAAGGUGCUUCAGAGUACAACUUUCUCAACCAGACUGAGUCCUUGGUGAUCCAUAAUGUUGACGAUGCAAAAAAGUUUCAUAUGCUUGUGAAAGCACUAACACUCUGGGGAUUUCUGAAAGAGACCAAGAAUAUGCUUUUCAGAUGGUUGCGGCUCUGCUAUGGCUGGGAAACAUAACCUUCCAAGCAAUUGGAAACAGAAACAAUGUUGAAGUUGUGCAAAGUGAAGAAGAGAAGAGGUAAAAUAGAAAAGAGGUAACAAUGAAAGAUAAAGAUAAAGUUCUGGAGGCUCUGAAAAACAAGGCUGUUGAUUUGGAAAACAUACCACUAGAGGAGGUUUUCCAGAAUCUAAGGUGUAACAUAGAGGGGGCUUACUUCCCAAGAUGCUCAGGAAUUGGACUAUUUAGUCGGGGCUGUUUCAACAAAGAGGCCAUUUACAGCUAUUGUGGGUGGUUCAAAGGUUUCGUGCAAGAUUGGAGUGAUCGAGUCACUCUUGGAGAAAUGUGAUAUAUUGCUCUUGGGUGGAGGUUGAAACCAGGACGCUUGCAGAAGUCCAUGAGGUUUUAGAAUAUGCAUCUCAAACAAAGACUUCGCUGACUAGGAUAAUGCUGGACAAUAUGGUUAUACCAUUAUCUAACGGGGAUGUUGAGGUAUCCAUGCUUAAGGAGGCCGUAGAUUUGAUCAAUGGGAGGUUUGAGACAGAGGUAACUCCAAAUUAUAUUUUCAGAUAUAACUGCUUCACACAAGUUUCAGUAUAUAAAAGAUUAGUGUGAUGCAAUGCCUCGACUUUUCUCAAUUGUAAGUAUUCAUUAUUGGUCACUGGACUCGCUACACAUAACAACAGUUGUCUCUAUGAUUAUUAAGAUUGUGAAACUUAAUGACAUGUGAGUUUUCUAAGGCAAGAUACAAAGUAUUUUUUCCUGAUUUUCUCCUAGUCCGAUCAUAUUGUCUUAGUCGUAGACACAAUGCAAGAAAUGAAACAAUUAGACAUCGGGGAUGUUCCUCCAAGUAGCUUAAAUGUCAUCCAGUCAAAUCUAUCCAGACCAACACUGUGCUUCAGCAGUGCGAUCCAAUAAGUGCACUCAUUUCAACUGAAUUCUUGAAGUCAAAAACAAUGGAAAGAAACAACAACAACAACAAACCCAGUGUAUUCCCACAUAGUGAGGUCUGGGGAGGGUAAGAUGUACGCAGUCCAUACCACUACCUCCGGAGAAGUAGCAAGGCUGUUUCCGAUAGACCCCCGGAGAAACCUUCAAAUAAAAUUCUGGGACUUCUUUACCUAAUGGAGAAUUAAAAGGAAACAAGAACAUGUCAUAUCAUUGUUAUCUGCUCUAUACAAAAACAUUUAAGCUUGACAUAUCCUGGUUCACUGGUUCAUUCGGGAAUGAGGAAUAGUUGUUUGCUGUUUGGUUUUUGUACUUUAGAAGGUCUAAUAUUUGUUUCGUCCAGUAAUGAUAUUUUGAUAGAAGUAUCUGUCUUUUGUUUUAGUCGCAUAUGUAUUAGGCACACGAAUGUUUGUUAUGAUACUUACAUCAUACAUUUAUGAAUGUUUGCUGCGAUGACCUAACGCAUUCUGUGAAAGCACUUGACAUUUCCCUGAAAAUUGAUACAGAGCUAGCCCUUGAAGUUGGAUGACGUACAAAACGAGCAUGACCAACAUUUAUUCUUUGUUGUAGACUCAAAAGAUUAGAAGCAGCGGUAUAGCACAAAGAGCAAAUAAGAUUCAUUCUACUAAUGUCAAAGUGACCACCUUUUGACCAGCCAAAAAGAUGAAAGUUUCUGGAAUAUUUUGUUUGGCUUUAUUCCAAUUAACUGCUUGAGUUGACAUCUCAUAGCUUGCUUUCAUAUUAAAAGCUUGGUGUAUGUGAAGUUGUGCUUUUCUUCGGGCCAAGGGUCUAUCGGAAACAACCUCUCUACUAAGGGGUAAGGUAAUCUUCAAUUAACUAAACAGAUGUGUAUUUCUAUGCUUUUAUGUAGAAAAUAUGUUGUAGAACUAAAUUACUCGCAGAUGUUAAUCGUACUAAACCAGUUUUGCGUUCAGCUCUCUUUGGUCCUUUCAUUUGCUUUCCUCUCGCUAACAGGUUGAUCCUUGUUGCAGUAGUAAAGUGACAGAAAUUACAACUACAUACCCAGCGUAAAAAGCUUGUUGCGUCUCUUUAACAAUUUUGGAGGUUUUGUUUGUAAUUUUUUUAAAAAUUUAGACUAUCAUAAUGAUUAAAAAUUUUGUAUUUUCAUAUUAAUUAUGUGAUGCAGUCUAUAUCACUUUGUCUGAAUAUAUAUUUGUUUUUUCUAAUUUUUAUUUAUUUGAGUAAAUAUUUUUA